AUGUUCUUCCUUAAGGUCCAGAAUCUUGAUGAGAUACGACAAUUUUAUGUGCUAGAAGAUGGGGUAGCCAGACCUAUUGGAGACGCCUGCAGCCCUCUUAACGCAAAAGAUGCUACACUCUCAACUGCCGCAGGUGAACCGUCCACCCUAAAUGGCAAGUCUUCAAGCCUCAACUGUCCGGCGAAAUGUGAAAUAAAACAGACCGAUCUUGGCUCAAGGCUGGCUGAGACGCCAUCGCACUUGGGCAUGCCGAUUUCCGGGGCCAACACAACAAAAGCCUACUUAGCGGCUGGGAUGGGAAGGCCUAAUCCCUACAGAAAUAUCCCUCCACCAAUCGACGGCAAACAGCGACCACCAACCAACCGUUCUUGCCCUGAGCCAAACACCGGGCAAGUACGCUACCGACGCGAUGUUUUGAUGCCCUAG